GUCGUCUCGAAGCUGUGCUUCUUUCUGAAACGUCAAAAUUACAAUCUGUUCUCUAACGCAGUGGGUCGGGACCUCAAUAACUUUUCUCUAAUUCCAAAAAAAACUAUGACAUUUCGGAAUUAGAGAGUUGUAGUUGUCUGGAUGAGUUGAGGUGCCUAGUACUCUUGCAAAUAUCGGUCAUCAUGGUCACAACAGGUGUGGAAAUCCUCAGACGUACAACUUCUAUCGAAACGAAGGCUAGGUCACAUCUUUCGCAGAACCUUGUAGUUGUACUGCAAUCAAGUCCUCGCUUAAGUCGUUCAUUUACGUGUCGGUGAAGCUGAAUUUUUUGGAUCGUUCUUGUGGUCGGUCAAAGCUAAGUGUUUCGUAAUCGUUCGCCUCGUAUAAAAUACUCCCGAGAGAAGAGCCCGUUCGCCCCUGUACACCUUACCUCCCAUGCCCCCUGGCUUACACCCUACGUCCCGUUCGCGGGUCCCACCUCUCAUGAAGUCUUGGGAUUUUUAGUUUACUCUACUCUCACGCGACUUCUCAUGAAUAAUAGGCACAACGAACAACACUACUUCGACUUUAUCUGCUACUAGUUCAUACUGUAGUUUUUGUAAGUACCGCCACCACCAGACUGACUAUCAGAAAUAGAUUCUUAUUUCGACGGGUAAAUCUUGACUGCAAUCCCUACCCCGAAUAGUACAAAAGGAUGGCGACUAGUCCUGGUGGUGGGUCGGCGCCCUCUGCGCCUUCAGCAGUCGCGGAUAGAAUAGCAACGCCUGCCGCCCAUCGAGACGGAGGUGGGGCGACUAGUAGCACAGCCCGCGAACCACCAAUAGACAUACAGAAACUCCAGAGUAACAACCCGGCAACAUGGGGAGAUGGAUUGAGGUACAUCAAUGAUUCCAGGUUAUAACACAUCAAUGAUUCCAGGUUAUGAUACAUCAAUGAUUCCAGGUUAUGAUACAUCAAUGAUUCCAGGUUAUAGUCGUGAAUUCGUGAAUUUACUUACGUGAAUCUUAGUUGUUACAACUGCAAGUAAUUGCUACAACUAUGGUGCCGGUUACCCUUGUUACCGUGUUCGUAUCCCAACACAACUUGAGGCAAUACGAAUACGGCAAUCGGCAUGUGAUACACCCGGACAAGCUGAAACAACCUGAGAUUCAGAUCAAACUAGGGCAAAUGCGAGAACAAGAAAGGAUAUACGAUCCGCUCUUGCAAAAAUAUCGAGACUGGGACAAGGUAAUUGACCAAUUAGAUUGUGUAUUGAGAUUCAUACAAAAAGACUGAACUACCUCUAAUCCAUUAGACCAUAUGGAUAAGGAGGGCACAUCACAUGACAUUGAUCUAGGAUCUUUACCUUGAUGCUUUGAAAAGAACUAGCUAAGUGUUGUAUCCAUUGAUAUUGUUAUCACAAUGAUUUUAGUUUUUCUUCGUUGAGAUCAGUAAAUUUCCUUUGUUUUCUGUUAGAAAGAUCGUUCCUUGAAUUCUAAGGCUCUCGACAACAACAGGAAAAAGGGCAGCGAGUCUUGGAGGAACGGUGUAGAGUGUCGCAUUUGAACCGAGCGAAAGACAUACAACUGCUGCGAGAAAACAAGUACUACAGUUGUCCUUUUUAUAGGGUCGAGGUUUAGGUCCAGCGGCGCUCAAAGCACUAAAUAAAGCAACCGGUUAGUUUUUACCUCUAAACCUUAGGUUUAUCCCAUGAAGCGACGUAUAUAUAUCUCAUUCGUCUCCGUCUCGGUAAGUCUACCAUAAGUACUAGAUCUGUCGUGUUUAUUCUUUCUACUUCGAUUUCGUUUUUUCAAAAUUGCUCAGUUUCGACAUCGUGAAUAAUGCGAGUAAGCUGUCGGGUUUAGGGGACGAAAUUGCGGACAAGGGUCUGCGACCGACGAAGGUCGGCAAAAGGAAAUUUCCGGACAGGUAGCUUGUAGCUAUGUAUGGCUUGUUUUCUACCAGCGCAGAUACACGACAUUGAUGAUUUUCCUUUCUUAUACCAAAACAUUCUUCAUCGAUCGGAAUCUUUGAUGUCGUUGUUCUUGCUUCCCAUCAACAAAAUCAACUUAAUAUUCCCCCACCUUGAGAAUACAGCCUUUAUCCUCUUCAACUUCAGUUUCUACGACUACAAUAUUUUGUCGAAUUUGCCGGUUUCAAUACAUCACCCGGACCGGCCGGAAGCUCGACCACUACCAGCCCAAAAGCUGCCCAAGCAGCGCAUGGUGCCAGCUUUUUUGCAGAAGUUAAGGAUUCAGGGAAUCCAUCUUCAACUACCAAGACUUUCUGGUCCUUCCGUUUUUUUGAAAGGUUUUUUGAAAGGGAUCUUUCCGUUUUUUUGAAAGGGAUCAAAAAGAGAGCCAAGAUGCUGCUGAAGAACGAAGAUGGGUUUCUCUCAGUUCUAAAGAAGGACUUCAACAUAUUGACCAACCGCUAUCUCAACGGCCAUGCGGAGAAAACAAAGCGGGACCACGAGUUGAAUCUCCUGGAAGGAACGGCCAAGUACCGAACCAGGAGUCGAAUGAAUCCGUUGACUUAGGAAUCUGGUUGUUACUUAGCUGCUGUAGGUCAGUUGGAAAUACUUCUUACAUCAGCACUUCUAAUCCUAGCAGCGUUUUCUAGAUCCUGUAGAGGAGGACCGGUUUGCGCAGUGCUUCUGUAAUAUUCUUGUCAUGUCGUUUUCUAGAUCCUGUAGAGCAGGACCUAAAACUUGUCAUGGAUGUGGUUGCUCCUCACGCAAGGUCGUCAUUUCUACCCGAACACUUUUUUUAAUUACAACUCGGGAAAGAAAGAGCAAGCUUGUAAGCUUGCAAACGUUAGGUCAGUUGUAAAAACAUCAGCGCUUCUAAUUCCAACAGCGUUUUCUAGAUCCUGUAGAGGAGGACCGGUUUGCGCAGUUCGGUGAGGCGCACGAAGUGGAGCAAGUGCAUAGAGCGCUUGCGCAGGUGCCUCCGACGGUAAAGAACCGGCCUUCGGCAUUCUACAACAUCCUAAACCCGCACGAGGUCCAUGAUGUUGAUUAUGGGAAAAACUCUUGCAGUUGCAAAAAUGAGACUUACAGAAUUCAGUAGAGUUUUCAACACGCAUAAUUUUUUCGCAGUGGUGGUCUGAUGUCGAUAUCAGGUGUUUUUUGAGGAUCGAUAGUACAGCCGCAUUAUCGAGUUUUGAUCUUCAUACCCCCUAUGAUAUAUAUAUUUUUGUUUGUUGUGAUUCAGAUUCUCUCGUCAAGUCGUCAAGUAGUACUUGAGAUUCUCCCUUCCUCUUCUUCCUUCUCAAAGAUGGAUCCGCCCUUCCCCCUUUUCCGCUCUAACCCUUUAUGAUCAAGUGGUUGGAUCUAGCAGAGGAUGAACGAAAGGAGCGGUAUAAGAAUAAGUUCAUCUUCGACCACAACAAGCAUGUGCAGGAUGUUAGAGGUGACCAGAUAACGGAGGAAAGAAGAAUGAACAAGGUCCACGUUCAGCGAUUCAAGGAACCGAUCGAUCGGGCUUACGACAUUGUCACAAACGAGGUAUAAUUGUAGUUUUGUAGGGGAUUACGACAUUGGCACAAACGAGGUAUAAUUGUAGUUUUGUAGGUGAGUACUUUUGUAGGUGAGCAGUACUUUUCUAGGUAGUUGAUUGCACUACGAGAUUGUGUACAUGAUACGGUAGUGGAGGGGCAUCAUACUGUUGGAGCACAAAUAUCGCUAUCAUGGAGAGAAUCCACCCAACCAUUGUGAUUUACUCAUAAGCACAAUCCACAAUGAAUCGUGACGCAUCAUAUCAAAACCAUCCAAAACCCAAACGAACUACAGCAUACCCACGGUCGUAA